AUGGUCCAGAGUUUAAUUCUGUUCAGGCAUCCAGCACUUGACCUUCAAGCCUCCGCCACCUGCGCCUGUGCCUUCGUCUUCGUCUUCGGGAGACGUCUUCGCCGAGUGGACAAGUCGCUUCCAGGCGCUUUUGUCCUUGAAGACUCGGGUUUGCUGGAUGCUCGACUCCGACGGCUACGCCACUGCGAGAAGGCACGGAGGCGACCCACACUCCAUCCAGCAGUGCGUGGGGGACCCUGUCCGGCCCAAGACGCCUGGCGAGGCGCGGGACGCCAUCCAGGCGGGGCGGGGUAA